AGGAAAGUCUCCUGAGUCCGGCAACUUGGGCCCCGCCCCGCCCCCAGCCGGCUGCCCGCGGCGCGGCCCUCCCCAUGCGCGGCCGGCCGGCCGGGCUCUCCUCCUGGCGGCGGAUGGGUGACCUUUUCCUGGCCCGGGCCGGCUGUGCGAAGCGGCGGAGCAGGCGAUGAAGAAGAAGCAGCAGUCACAGCAGCAGCAGCAGCAGCAGCAGCAUCCCGGCAGCGGCGCGGAUCCCUGGCCCCAUGGGACCCCUCUCGGGGGCGCCCCCGCGGGCCUGGGCAGCUGGAAGCGCCGGGUCCCCCUGCUGCCCUUCCUGCGCUUCUCCCUCCGGGACUACGGCUUCUGCAUGGCCACCCUGCUGGUCUUCUGUCUGGGAUCCCUCUUCUACCAGCUCAGCGGGGGACCACCUCGCUUCCUGCUCGACCUGCGGCAGUAUUUGGGAAAUUCCACUUACUUGGAUGACCAUGGACCACCUCCCAGCAGGGUCCUGCCAUUCCCGAGUCAGGUGGUGUACAACAGAGUAGGCAAGUGUGGGAGCCGCACCGUGGUCCUGCUGCUGCGAAUCUUGUCGGAGAAGCAUGGCUUCAAUCUAGUCACCUCAGACAUCCACAACAAAACCAGGCUCACCAAAAACGAACAGAUGGAACUGAUUAAAAAUAUCAGUACGGCCGAACAGCCCUAUUUAUUCACUCGACAUGUUCAUUUCCUCAACUUCUCAAGGUUCGGAGGAGACCAGCCUGUCUACAUCAACAUCAUCCGGGACCCUGUGAGCCGAUUUUUAUCCAAUUAUUUUUUCCGUCGCUUUGGAGACUGGAGAGGAGAGCAGAAUCACAUGAUCCGCACCCCCAGCAUGAGGCAGGAGGAGCGCUACCUGGAUAUCAACGAGUGUAUUCUUGAGAACUACCCAGAAUGCUCCAACCCCAGGUUAUUUUACAUCAUUCCGUACUUCUGUGGACAGCAUCCCAGGUGCAGGGAGCCUGGCGAGUGGGCCCUUGAACGUGCGAAGCUGAACGUGAACGAGAACUUCCUGCUCGUGGGGAUUCUCGAAGAGCUGGAAGAUGUGCUGCUUUUACUGGAAAGAUUUUUACCUCAUUACUUCAAGGGCGUGCUCAGCAUCUACAAAGACCCAGAACAUAGGAAACUUGGCAACAUGACUGUGACCGUGAAGAAGACUGUCCCCUCCCCUGAGGCCGUGCAGAUUCUCUACCAGCGAAUGCGAUACGAGUACGAGUUCUACCACUACAUCAAAGAGCAGUUCCACCUGCUGAAGCGCAAGUUCGGACUCAAGUCUCGCGUGAGCAAACCCCCGCUGAGACCACAGUUCUUUAUUCCGUCUCCACUGGAAACUGAAGAGCCCAUCGACGACGAGGAACAAGACGAUGAAAAGUGGCUAGAAGAUAUUUAUAAGAGGUGAUGCCAGCACUGUGUCGCCUUCGUGGCUUUGUCUCCCGAUUCCAGAAAGUUCUUUUCUUCGGGGAAGAAAAAUCCUCCGGACUGAAAUCAAUGCUCAGCUGCAUAAAAAGAGAAAAACAUUCCCACUUGUUGGGGUCGUUGGAAGACGCCCGGUUUUGCGGGUUUUAUUUGUUUUGAUUUUGUUCUGUGCUGUCUUGUUUUGUUUGUUUUGUGUUGUUUUGUUUUCUUGGCUCCUUGGGUCUUUCCCAGGGACACUAGAUGGCUCCACCACAAGGCAUCUUGUCAUGAAAUAGCUUUUUCACCCACCUAGUCCUAGAGCGGUGGGAAAAGGGGGAUAAAUAUUGGGCAUACAGUCCAUGGCCCAGAAGCAGCAUUUGUAAAAUAACUUGGAAAAAAAUAUUACCUCAGUGGUAGGAGACUUUCCAGCCUUGUAUAUUUCAACAGAAAUGCAAAACCACUUCAAAGACCAGGACAUCUCCUCUAGAAGGAGCUAAGAGAAGGCAAGACAGACAGGAACCCCAGAAGGGAAGACAUCCCUGGUUGAGUGGUUGCUCCCCAUGUGGAUAGAAUUUUGCCUCUGGUUCAUUCCAAGGACACUUUUACCGAGAGUAGCAUUCUCUGAAACAGCCAGUUAGCUUGUUCCGUGUCUCCAACCAGUCAAGGUCCAAGUGCAUGCAGGCUCCACUGAAAUAUUCCAUUUUUAGGCAUCAGUCUGACAGCCAUCAAAGUGACGCAGCAGGGAAAAGAGUUGGCUUGCUGUGUAAGGGAGAAGCAGACAAGACAGGUGAACUCUGAGGGUCAUGUGGCAUCAGUGACAGGGCAAGCACUGACUCCUGUGGCAGGAUCCCCUG